AUGUACUUACAGUCGGGGACUUUAAAAGAAACAAGCGAUUGUGCACCAACAAACGGUUAUUAUUUCAUACCUUUGUAUGACAAAGGAGAAUAUCAAUUAAAAAUUGAACCUCCAUCGAAUUGGUUUUUCGAACCAAAUGAAAUAAAUUUAAAUUUUGAUGGCGUCAAUGAUCCAUGUUCUAAAUCGAAAGAUAUUAAUUUUUUCUUUAAAGGAUUUAAAAUAGAAGGAAAGGUUGUAAGUUCUGGCACGACAAACGGUCCGGAAAAUGUUUUAGUAACUCUUACUUCAAUUAAUGAUAAAACAUUAAAUCUCGUCACGACAACCAAAGAAAAUGGCCAAUACGAAUUUGGCCCCAUAUUAAACGGACAAUAUUUAAUAACGGCUAAAAAUGAUGAUUAUAAAUUUUCAAAAAGUUCGACAUCUUUCACGGUCGAAGAAAAUAAUUUAAUCGUACCGGAUGGUUCUUUAGUAAUAUCCGGUUAUGACGUUUCCGGUCAAGUUUUAUUUAACGACGAUUGUUCGAAAUCGGAACUUGUCAAUUUCAAAAGUAAAAAUGAUUACUUGUGCCACGUCACAUCCGAUAAAACGGGUACGUUUAAAUUCAAAGCCGUUCCGACCGGAAGUUACAGCAUAAAACCUCACUACAGCAAAUUCGACGUACAACCGAAAGAAGUUAAAAUUUCCGUUAAACACAAUCACAUAACAUUGAAAGAAAAAUUUUUGGUUAAAGGAUUCAGCGUUAGCGGAAGAGUUUUGAAAUCCGUCGGUGGUUCCGGUUUGAAAAAUGCCGAAGUUUUUUUAAAUAACGGAAAAGUUGCCGUCACGGACGGUGAUGGAAAAUUCACGUUGGACAGCAUAAAACCCGGAAAAUAUCAUCUUUCCAUUCGAUCGGAAAAUAUAAAAUUUGACGACAUAAACGUCAAGCUGUCACCGAACGCAUUGGAAAUAGACGAUAUUUAUCCAUCGGAAUUUAAAGUUUGCGGAUUGGUGACGUCAACAUCCGGUCAACAACCCAAAACCGUGGAAAUAAAUUCCGAAUCGGACGACGAUGGGAAUAAUAUUAAAAUGGCGGAAGCCAAAGUCGAUCACGAAACUGGAAAAUUUUGCCAAUUUUUAAAACCUGGAAAUUAUAAUUUGGCCGUUAAGUUAACGGAUUUUGAAAAAUCGUCCGGAAUGCAGUACCUUCCGCUAAACCGUAAAGUUCACGUUCGUAACAGUCCGAUAAGCGACAUAGAAUUCACGCAGCUGAGAGGAAACAUACGGGGACGAAUAAUUAAAAUCCCGGAUUCUGCGAAAGGGGAAGAAAUGACGAUAAAAUUAAAACGUAAAAAUUCACUCGUCGCGAUAAAAGUCCUCGAGGGAAACAAAUUGGAAUAUUCGUUCACGGACAUGAUGCCGGGAUAUUACGACGUGGAAAUAGAAAAACAAACGUGGUGUUUCGAAAAGGAAAUACAUUCGGUGACGGUGACGAGCGCGGAAACUCUCGUACCGGAUUUCGUACAUUCCGGAUUUAAAAUAAAAAUAAAAUCAUCUCACCGUACUUCGAUCCUCGUCACGAACAACAACAACAACAACACGUCCGACGUGGAAUUCCAUAGGGAACUCGUUUUGGAAAAGGGUGACAAUUCAUUUUGCAUUCCAUAUUCGAUGGGAUACAAGUUGAAACCGUUUGGAUGUCACGGUUACGAUAGAGAAUUUUACAUAAUCGAUCCGAAUUCAUCCGAAGAUGGGUUGAUAUUGAAUGCGAUUUCUCAUGACGUCACGGGAUUCAUCAAGAGUUCAGAUUAUGAAAAUGACGUUUUCGUGGAUGUCGUUUCGAACGGUCAAACGACGAGGUUGGGGGGACCAUUGAAGGGAGAAAAACAUCCGAGCGGAGUUUUGUAUAAAUUUUCUCACAGGGUUCCCGAAAAUCAAUUAUUGAAAUUCGUUCCCGUUUCGAGCAAGCUUUUGUUUCAACCCGAUUUCGUGGAAUAUCGAACGAUAGACGAUUGUGCGAACAACGUCAUCAAAAUCACGGGUGAAAAAGGACUCAUAAUAGAGGGGAGAAUAGAUCCCCCUUUGGGAAACGUUAAAAUAACAUUGAAAUUCAAAGACGGUAGUGAUAAUAAUAAUAAUAAUAAUUCGGAUCAAAAUGGCGGCGAAUUGUUAUUUUUAACGAAAGACGAUGGAAAAUAUAAAUUUGGACCGUUGAAAAGCGCUUUGAAUUUCGAGGUGACGGCACAAAAGGAUUCGUACGUUUUAACCGGACCCGAUAAGAAUGGGGUGUUCAAAGCUCACAAAUUGGCGGAAAUACACGUGAGAGUCGUGGAUAACGCGACGAACGAACCUCUCCAAGGGGUUUUGCUCUCUCUCACGGGAGGUGAAAAUUACAGGAAAAACAGCAUGACGACCGACAGCGGAUCAUUCGUUUUUCACAGUUUGAGUCCCGGCGAGUAUUUUCUACGUCCCAUGAUGAAAGAAUACAAAUUCGAACCCUCGUCACAGAUAAUACAGAUAAGGGAAGGAGUCACGGAAUCCUUCGAUCUCAAGGGAAGAAGAGUAUCGUUCAGCGCGUACGGUACGAUAACGUCACUGAACGGAGAACCCGAAUCGAACGUGUUGGUCGAAGCCAUCGGAUUGAAUUCGUGUUCGAAUUUGCAAGAGGAAGCCUCGUCGGAAAAUAACGGACAAUUUAGAAUUCGGGGUCUUUUGCCGCAGUGCGAAUAUCAGAUUAGGUUGAAAACCGGAUCGGAUGUCAACGUGAGAGUUCAUCGAUUGGAACCCCCCAAUUUAUUCGUAAAGACGAACAUGGGUGACGUGAAAGGACUCGAACUCAUCGUUUUUCAUCUCGUCGAUCAAAUGGAUCUUUCCGUACACGUGGAAAGUUCCAUACCUGAACAUUUGAAAAGUCUCAAAUUGAAAUUGUAUAAGGAAACCGAACCUGAUUCUCCUGUUUUUACGAUAAAAUUGGACACGCUCGCAGGCGGUGUUAAAAAUUGGGGAGGACCUCAAACGCAAGAACGUUUUUUAAAAGCGGGACUCUUGGUACAAUUCCCGUUCGUUCCCCUCAACAAAGAAUCCUAUUUCAUACAAACGGAAUCGAGCCUGUGCAAGCAAGCGUACGACUACAAGGAUGUAUCCGUUCAUUUCGUCGCGGAUAAAACGUUCAAAACGUUCAAAAUGUUUUUCGAACCCGAAAUGAAAGCCAUAGACCACGAGCUCACUUUGGGAAAUUACAUAAUCGUUCCCCUCAUAAUAUUCUCCAUUUUGUUUUAUUCGUAUUUCAACAAAGCCGUUCCCGCCGUGCAAAAUUUUUUCGGGUCCCUCAAUCAAGCCGCGUCGUUUUCAUUCGCGAAAGAAGAGAGAAACAAUGGUUACAACAACGCGACGAACAACAUAAUGGACAACGUGUCGAUAGAACCCGUUCUGGUACCGACGACGACGACGACGACGACGAAAAGAAAAACGAAACCGAGAAAAACGUGA